AUGGAUGUGAUAGUGCGCCGCUGUCCAUUCCUGGCUCGUGUGCCCCAGGCAUUCUUCCAGCAGACCAAAAAGUCUAUGGUGGCGUACGCCCAGCGAUGCCCUAUCAUGAUGGAGCUGGCCUCUAAACCUAUGGCUCCAUCAAUGGCACGGGCCCUCUGCUCCUCCUCCUCCUUCUCCUCCCACCAGAAGACUGAGGACACUGUGUCUGCCAGUGAAGGCCUCAAACAGGGAGGAGAGUCCAAGCACCCUGCCGGCCACCCUGUGCCAUCCUGCAGCAAGACGGUGGCCUCCAAAUGCCCUUUCCUGGCUGCUGAGAUGGGCCAGAAGAACAGCAGUGUGGUCCGCCAGGUCAGCAUGGAGUUCCAAGAGGAUGUUGAGGAAGUCCGCACUGUCCAGAAAGAAGUGUCCUCUUCCCAGAUGAAGAAGCCAUCCAUGGCCACUGCCAUAAAGGGAAGCGGAGGAGAGCCAACUAAUCUAAUGAAGACCCUCCUGAAACAGCAACCUAAAAGGGUCUCCCACUUGCUGCAGGAUAACUUGCCAGGCAGUCUGUCCCGCUUCCAUUAUGAUGACUUUUUUGAGAAGAAGAUUGUAGAGAAGAAGAGUGACCACACAUACCGCGUGUUUAAGACGGUGAAUCGUCUGGCCAACGAGUUCCCCAUGGCCGACGACUUCACGGGUUCUUUAGAGGACAAGAGGGAGGUGUCUGUUUGGUGCAGCAACGACUACCUGGGCAUGAGUCGACACCCACAUGUCGUGCAAUCCAUUAUGGAUACUUUACGAAAGCAUGGUUCGGGGGCAGGAGGCACCAGGAACAUCUCUGGGACCAGUAAAUUUCAUGUGGAACUGGAACACGAACUGGCUGACCUUCACAAGAAGGACGCUGCACUGCUCUUCACCUCCUGCUUUGUCGCCAAUGACUCCACCCUCUUCACCCUCGCCAAGAUGCUGCCAGGUUGUGAGAUCUACUCUGAUGCCGGCAACCACGCGUCAAUGAUCAUGGGUAUCAGAAACAGUGGGGCUAAGAAAUUCAUUUUCCGCCACAAUGACAUUGGCCAUCUCCGAGAACUUCUACAAAAGGGAGACCCCACAAAACCGAAGAUCGUGGCCUUUGAGACCGUCCAUUCCAUGGAUGGUGCUGUGUGUCCAUUGGAGGAGAUGUGUGAUGUGGCCCAUGAGUUUGGUGCCAUCACCUUCGUAGACGAGGUUCACGCUGUGGGCCUGUAUGGCUCCAGAGGAGGGGGCAUUGGAGACCGGGAUGGCAUCAUGCACAAGAUGGAUAUUAUUUCAGGGACUUUAGGCAAGGCCUUCGGCUGUGUGGGCGGCUACAUCGCGAGUACCGCUGCUCUGGUGGACACGGUGCGAUCCUACGCUGCUGGUUUCAUCUUCACCACCUCUCUGCCGCCAAUGCUGUUAGCCGGAGCCAGGCGGUCGAUUCAGGUUCUUAAGGGGGAAGAGGGCCGCGCACUGAGACGCAAACACCAGCGCAACGUCAAGCUGCUCAGACAAAUGCUGAUGGACUCGGGGCUGCCUGUGGUGCACUGCCCUAGCCACAUCAUCCCAGUCCGGGUGUCAGACGCAGAGAAAAACACAGAGGUGUGUGACCUCAUGAUGAGUCGCCACAACAUCUACGUGCAGGCCAUCAACUAUCCCACUGUUGCCAGGGGAGACGAGCUUCUGCGUAUCGCACCAACACCUCACCACACUCCUGAGAUGAUGAAAUACUUUGUUGAGAGGCUGGUGCACACGUGGAAGGAGGUGGGCCUGGAGCUGAAGCCCCACUCAUCAGGAGAGUGUACCUUCUGCCAGCAGCCACUGCACUUUGAGCUGAUGAGCGAGCGAGAGAAAUCCUACUUCAGUGGUCUCAGCCACCUUAUCUCAGCCUGCGCAUAACACUAAUCACUACUGUUGGCUCGAGACGGCACAUUCAUGCUCAACCCAUUCCUCUGUCACUGUCAUAGAAUGUAUUAAAAGUCCUUCUAAACACAUAUUUAAAAUAUGUAAGAUGUUCUAUAUGCUAAAAAUAAAAUGAGUAGAAAAACUU